CGAAAUUUCAAUAAAAAAUCUCGAAAAAUGUCAUUCCCUAUUCAAAAUAACAAAACACUAUGUGCCUACGAAUAUUUAUUAUUAUGUCACCGGGGCGAUUGUCUACGAGAAAUAAUUUAUUGUUUUACAUAACUAAAUAUACUAAUGCAUAAUAUAUACAAAUAUUUUUAAAAAAAGUUGUUGACAUGUCUGACGAAGACUUAAAAGACGCGCCGCCGGAACAGAUUGCGGAGGACGAAGAGGUACCACGGCUGCAAUUUUCGGCACGUGAACUGCUCCCGGUGGAACUGUUUGAAGAGACACAGGAAGCUUUCGGAUUAUUCAGCGAUGCGGAGGGUCAUCUAAACAUCCGACACCUGUAUGGGGCUCUCCGGUCCAUGGGUAUAGAUGCCACCGACAAAGACGUGAUGGUUAUAUGUGAGACACACGACCCGGACGGCCGAGGAUACGUGGAUUUGGAUCAGUGGACGGUUGCAGUGGCCCGACGCCUGGCCGAAGACGGGGAUCGACGCAAGAGUUUUCGCGCCCGGUUAGCGGCCGGGGACAAGGGAAAAACCGGUCAGGUGACGAUCGCCCACGCGCGUACCGUCAUCGAGACGUUCGACCCAGCAGCCGUAGAAUCCAUCGACAUAGAGGAGAUGUUGGAUAGCGUCAACUACGCCGAUCUGGGGCUAAUCGAUAUUGACGAAUUUAUGGACACUAUGGUCAGGCCGUUAAGAAUCGAAUCACAACAAUAAUUUAGUGUUUCUGAAAUUGAUGUACCUUCGAAUAUUAUACCUGUAGUUGAUCAUUUCAUAUGUUCGGAAAUUCAUCAAAAAUAGGUUUGUCUGCACCUAAUUUUACAGUAGCUUGUUCACUUUGCAAACAAACAUUUAAGGCUUAUAUAUACGGUAGAACUCGUUUGAGAUGCUAUCCUAGGGACCAGCAAAACAAGUAUAUUAAACGGGAGAUCUUAUUACGCGAGAAAAACAAAAUAUGACAAAAAAAAAAAUUGCCGUAUGAAUUAUUACAUUUAUGUUUCACAUUAUUUCACAUUACUUCAAAACAAAACAUCGAUUUUUAUUUGAUCACAUUUUUUAUGCUUUUAGAAUAAAGAGAGUUCUCAAUUUUAUUAAGAUGAUGUAACGUUCCGUCAGUAUUAUCAAAAGUUCGAAUUAAUAACUAACUUAACCUAACCUAACCUAACCUUAACUCAUUAACAUAAUCAAUUGUAUUUAUUACUGGAUGAAUCAGUGUCAUAUCCUUUUCCUCUUUGCAUUCUUCCUCUGUAGAAAAUACAUCAGCCAAUGCAUUUUUAUCAGUAAUAAUCUUGUCAACGAUUCUAGUGUUACUGGUGGGCGACGCCCUCGUCAAUUUCUCCAUAUCCUGGAAACUCCUCCAAUUCUUAAAAUUCUUCGCUACUUUCCUCACGAAUAGUACUGUGGCACAUAUUUAUUUAUUAUCAUAUUGCUGCGCUGCGUAUAAUAAUUAUAAUAUUAUAAUAUUUAAAGAUAAUAAGCCGACGCCCGUAACACCUCCCAUCUAAAAAGAAGGUUUAUGUCUCCCAAAAGACAAAAAUCUUUUCACUACCGACUGUGCACCUUUUAUAAAGUUACAUAAAAUAUCAAAAUUAUUAAAAUAUCGCUUAUAGAAGUCGAUGUA